AUGGUCUGCGCCCUCCUGAGCACUGUCUGGGCCAGCUCCUGCCUUCAGUCACCUGCUCGGCCCUGGGCACUCAUUAAGGGACAGAAAGGCUGGAAACUUCUCUCAGGUCCUCAGCCCAAGCUGCCCAUGGGAUUUCAAAGCCUGGCCUCUCCCUCUCCUGCUUUCUCUCCCUUCUCCCUCACUGCUGCUUUGGGGUCACCAGGAGAGGCCUCACCUACCUGUCCCCCGAUCACCUCCCAGCCAGUGUCUGCUGUACUGGUUCCAGUCCUGGGCGUGGAGUGUGCUCUGGGCCUGGUGGGGAACAGCCUGGCCCUCUUCAUCUUCUGCUUCCGCAUACGGCCCUGGACCUCCAACACCGUGUUCCUGGUCAGCCUGGUGGUUGCUGACUUUCUCCUGAUCAUCAACCUGCCCCUGCGCAUGGACUACUACUUUCUCCAGGAGAAGUGGCGCUUCGGGACCACUGCCUGCAACAUCAACCUCUUCAUGCUGUCCACCAACCGCUCGGCCAGUGUCGCCUUCCUCACAGCCAUCGCGCUCAACCGCUACCUGAAGGUGGUGUGGCCCCACCACGUGCUGAGCAAGGCCUCGGUGUGGGGGGCCACCCAGGUGGCCGGGGGCCUCUGGGGGGGCAUCCUGUUCCUCAACGGGCAUGUGCUCCUGAAUACCCAUUCCAACCAUUCCUGCAUAAGCUACCAGCUGGGCACAAACUCCUUGGCCUUGGUUCAUUGGCACCGGGCACUGUUGAUGUUGGAGUUCUUCCUGACGCUGGCACUCAUACUCUUUGCCAUCGUGAGCAUUGGCCUCACCAUCCGGCGCCGGGGCCUGGCAGGGCAGGCGGGCCCGCGGAGGGCCAUGUGCAUGCUGGCCACGGUGUUGGCAGUCUACAUCAUCUGUUUUUUGCCCACCAUUGUGGUGGGCACGGCUCUGAUGGUGGCCCUCCGCCUACGUGCCUGCCACGCCCUGCACAUCUGCAUGCAACUCUUCCACGGCUCCAUGGCCUUCACCUACCUCAACAGUGUCCUGGACCCUGUGCUCUACUGCUUCUCCAGCCCCAACUUCCUCCUCCAGGUCCGGGCACUGCUGGGCCUCACCCAGGGCUGGCAGGGCCCAGUCAGUGAUGAAACCAACUACCAGCCCUCCUGCCAGAGCCGCAGCCAGAGCCAGGGCAAGAGAAGGAGCAGGAGCAGGAGCUGGAGCAGGAGCAGGAGCUGGAGCCGGAGCAGGAGCAAGGAGGCCUCUAGGAAGGCCGAGGCUGCAGGGAAGCAGUAGCCAGGGGUCUGUCAG